AUGGCUACUUUGCCCACUUGGCAGCCGAGUGCGUGCCAAGUGGGCACCUACAACUUUCCAAAAAACGAUCGCCGACCGUUUUUGACCCCGCCGAUCCGAAUUAAACAAAGUUCCAAAAAACGAUCGCCGACGUUUGACCCCGCCGACCCGGUUUAAAACGGAGCCGCAGAACACAAUCGCCGACAUUAUUCAACCCGCCGAUCCGAUUUAAAACGAUCGCCGACCGUU